AAGCAUCUCGUACUAAGCAUUCUUAUGAUUUCCUUUAGGAGCUGAAGAUUUUCGUUUGUGAUGGCCACUCGAGACCCGACACCAUCGAAUGUUGUAUCUAAACAGAAACUUCUUGAAAGUUGGUUCGCUGCAGAUGAAAGUAAGAGAUGGUGCGAGAAGGUUUUUUUAGUUGUGACUCCUUUAAGUAUUGCUUCUUUGGUUUUGGGUUUGGUUGGUAGCAAAGGUUACAAGUAUUGUGGAAAGAACGAAUACUUGCUGUUCUCUCUCCUAAUGGCAGCACCCUGCUUUAUAGUACCAUUGUUGCUCAGUUGUAGCGAAGACAAGAAGAGAGCUUUUUCUCAGCGUUUUUGGAUCAAAGCCAAUUUAUGGAAUUUGGUGUUUGGCUAUAUUGGAAACUAUUUUUGGACUCACUACUUUUAUCAACUUCUUGGAGCUCAUUAUACUUUUGAGUCGUAUUACUGGAACCAUGUACCUAUUCCGUGUUACCUAGCGACACAUGCCUAUUUCUGUUUUUAUCAUACAUUUGCUACAAUAAUUCUGCGGCGAGUUGUCAAAAGCACAGAAAGACAGUCAGUGCUUAUACAGACUCUGAUAAAGUGGCUAUUCAUUCUUCUAUUAGCAUAUGCAACAGCAGUCGCGGAAACAGUAACUAUCGCAUGGUUUCCGUAUUAUUCAUUUGAUAACUGGGAAAAAAUGGUUUAUUUUGGAUCUGUAUUCUAUGCAAUAUACUUUGUGGUUAGUUUUCCAAUGUAUUACCGUAUUGACGAAGACCCUCAGCACGAUUGGAAUCUAACAGCAGUAGUGUUGGAUAGUUUUGCCGCAGCAAUGAUUGUUACAGUUUUGCUUGAUUUGUGGAGAAUAUUUAUUGGUUCGUUGAAUGGUUCGCAAUUUCAAGGUAUUCCCUUCAUUUUGUAAAAAUGAGGAUAUUAUUUUUUACAUCACAAGCCAGAAUUUUGCAUCCAAUCAAAGAACUCUUUAAAAUAUAAAAUUCGAGCACAAAUUUAAAGUUUGAAAAUCAAAGUUGAAAAAGAAAUCAUGAAAGAUACAGUGCUGAUAUAAUAAUUCCAUUUUUUUCAUAAUUUAAAUAAUUUUAACCAUCGAGAGCAAAAUAGAAUUGCUAAAUUAUUUUCAAAGUAAAUUCCAAAAGAUUAAAUUAUUGAGCAGAUUUAGUAAGAUUAUGCCAUCCAUUAUUUUCGAUUAUGCAAAAGUUAACAUAUGUUUAAUGUAAAAAUUAUUCUCUUGUACAACGAAGAAUAUGAUUUGGCAUCUCACAUGCGGCUGGUUGUAAAAGUUUGUUCAGUUUCAACAGUUCUAUUUGUUCAAUUUUUAAAUAAAAUAAUAAAAUUUUGCGUCAUUCUUUUUUAAACAAACAAAAAGAAAUAAAAUUAAUUUAAGAAAA